AUGUGUGCAGCUCCGCCGAUAGACCACGCGCAUGUGCACCAGCACGCGCAGCUCUCGCAGCACCAUUCCCCACAGCAGCAGGGUGCAGUCGCGGAAUCGCGCGGAGGCCACUUGACCCGCCGUCUGCUAAGCCUCGCCUUGCCGCUCCGCGCUUCUGCUAAGCGCACCAUGCCGCCCGGCGACUCGCCCAGGCGUCGCUGGGUGGUGGAAGUGCCUCUGUCCACUGCUCUCAACGACACCGACCGCGACUCGACGCCGGCACUGGGUCGAUGCGUGGAGGACGCGUGGACUGUGGUGCAGCGCGCCGUUGCUGACGUGGCUCGGCAGCAAGCCACGUCACAGGUGGUGCUGGUGCUGGUGGCGGUGGUGCCAUCGUCGGCCGCGGGAAUCUCCGACGAGGGGGAUAGAGGGGAGGAGGGGAAGCAAGGCGGCGAGCGCGAGGGGGAGGAAGGCUUUGAGGCGUGGGUGGUGCAGCGCGUGCUCCGACCGCUGGUGCAGCGAGCGACGCGAUCCAAGGUGCUGGCCGCCUUCCACGUGGAAAGGGCAGCGUCGCAGGGUGGAGCUGGCAGUUCGCGUUUGCCACAUCAGCAACAGCGUGUGCACGGCGUGUGUGCCGCUGCGCGCCACUUCGACGCCGCGCGCGUGUAUCUGCCAUCCAACCUCUUCACCGCAUCCAUCGCCGUGGACUCCGCCGCUGAAUCUUCCGCCGAAUCCGCCGCUUGCCAGGCUUCACAGGCAGCAGAAUCGCCCCGCGCAGCCCUCGCGCCUCCCCCGUCGCCUGCGCUGAUCCGCUCGCUGCUGCCCCCCCAGUGCGCGCUCAUCAUGACCGCUUCCGCGCGCCAUCAGCCCGACGGGGCGAGAAUAGGCGGGGGGGCGGUCGGUGAGGUGGGGCGGGGGGGAGCAGGCCUCCGCGACGGCAGCGGCGGGCGCGAAGCGUUAACGGCGGUGGCAGGCGCCAGUGACUUCCACGGCGACCUUAGUGACGGUAGUAGUGGUGGUGGUGGCGCUGCUGCUUCUGGCUCUGCACGUGCCGCGUUGGGCGAGGAGGUAGGACGGCGGGGAUGGGCUCGCGGUGGUAGUGUUCCGCCUGCCGCCAUCGCACGGCCGCGCCCGCAGCAGCCGAUCGCACAGGGGCCGACGAUGCGGCAAGGCCAGGGGCAGGCGCUAGGGUUGGGGAGAGAAGCAGGCGGAAGUUGCGCAGGGUCAGCGGGGGAGAUGGUUUCCGCGGAGCGGAUGCGGAGGGCUCAGGAGGAGCGCGGUGCGGUGAGGAGAGGCGAGGGCGGUGACAGGGCGGGGCCGGGGGAAGGUGAUGGCGGGGUGCUUGGGGGAGCGGAAGGCGGAAGUGCGCAGUGGCGCUUACAGAACUCCGCCAUGCCGCUGCAGCGCGGUGGAGGGGGAGGGGCGCACGACGGCGGCGGCGCGGCGGCUCGUAGUGCCGGGCGGGAACAGCCUGUGCAAGGUCGCGCGUUAGCGGAUAGGCUGUCAGGCUCGGGGAACUCGAGGAGUGGGCCGCUACCGGCUGUGCCGACAACAGAGCGCGGUGACGGUGGCGGUGCGGGGCAGGCGCGGAGAGGAGGGGAGGGCGCGGGAUGUAUUCGCGGGGGCAUGGGUGCGGAGCAGGAUAGAGAGGGCGGAGUAGUGAGACAGGCACGCGGCGCUGGACAUUCGUCAAGGGGCGCGCGGUCGGGGCCAAUGCAGUUGUUGGGUGCCGUCACGCAAGGGUGGUCGCAUCCUGGAGGGAAGCAGCAGCUGCAGUCGCAGCAAGUGGGGCAGCAGCGGCAGGGCAACGGGGAACGUGAGCGGUGGCAGGGUGUGUUAGCGGGGGCGGGCGGCGGAGAGGCAUGGGUGGAGGCGGCGGAGGUGGAUUCGCAGCUGGCGCAGUGGUUGCUUGGAAAGGCGGCGCCCGCGCCCCUGUCCCCGUCCCCGUCCGUUCCCCCGCGCCCGUCUCACUCCGUCAGCGCAGGGCCGUCGCCCCUCUCCUCUCCGCCCCCCGCCUACCCCGCCUUCGUCCCCGCCAGCCACACCAUGCCGAUAGGGCCGUCGCCCCCAGGCCAUGCCAUCCCCCCCUCCGUCUCCGCUCCCCCGGGUUCCCCCAUGCCUGUUCCAUGUGCCGCCACCGCGCCCGUCACCCCUCCGCACGCCGCACAGCGCGUAACAGGGUCAGGCAGUGGCAGUAUCAGCGGUAGGUAUGGUGAAGAGUAUAUGCCUGUCGAUCCCGCAGCAGCAGCCGCAGCAGGUGCUAGUGCUGGCGUGACAACAUACCACUCCCCCGCCACCACCCCCCCCUCUCUUUCCCCUUCCCCGUCGACCAUCACGCCCCCCCAGUCCCCCUGGUCCCUCCCGCGCGCUCCCCGCCUCCCCGCCGCCACGCCGCUCCCCGCCGCGCCUCCGCCGGUGGUGGAGGAGCGCCCCAAGGGGGGCCUGUUCCAGCGCCGCCAGCUCAAGCGCGGCGGCAGCGAGGGCUGCCGCAGCGUUCUCGACGCCGUCGCUGUAGCCUCCUCCGCCCGCUCCCCCGCCGUCCCCCCUUCCGCGCAUUCCUCCGCCGUGCUCCCCAUCUCCCCCAUUUCGCCUCACACCUUCUCCGCUUCACUCUCCGCCGCCGUCUCCCCCAUCCGCGCGUCGCUCUCCCCGGAUCCCUCCGCCGCCGCGGUCGCGGCACCUGGCGCGCUCAUAUGGGGCGGGGAAGUGUUUCCGCAUGGGGCGCGGAGCGGAGGGGGCGCGGCAGGAGUGUCUGAGGAAGGGGUGAGCGAGGAGCGCGAGAAGGGGGAGCGGGAGAUGGCGGGGCGGCAGCUGGUGGUGCAGGUGCGGGAGGUGGAAAAGGGGGAGGGCGCGCGCAAGGGGCCAGCGGGGGGCGGGAAGGGAGAGGUCGGGGAGGAGGGCAAGGGGAGGAAAGAGGCGCCUUGCCCGAGCGAGGGGGAGGGCGAGAGGGCACGAGAGGUGGUGGCGGCGGCGGCGGCGCGGCGGUGGCUGAUGGACGAGCUGGCGGCGCUGGGCGUGGACAGCGGGGAGGAGAGCGGCGCGGGGGAGGGGGAUGGGGAAGGGGAGGGAGAGGGGGAAAGGAAGGGCGCAAGGGAUAAGGGCGCGCGGGAGCGGGGCGCGCGAGUGAGCGGGCUGGAGAGGCGCGUGGUGAGCCGGCGGUCGCCAACGAGAGAGCAGUGGGCGGACGAGCGCAAUCCCAGCCGUCUAUCGCGCUCCUCGCUCUCCCUGCCGCGCCACUCCGUGCCGCCGCCCGCCCAAGCGAGCCCCGCACCACCCGCGCCCGCCGCCGGCUCCUUCUCGGGUCCGCUUCGCAUGGGCGCCGCCGCCACCGCGGCCAGCGCAGGCAGACGGGCGGCGGGCGCAGGGGAGCGGCAGAGCGAAGGGGGAGCGGGAAGGGAAGGGAGUGAGAGGCAGCGAGCGUGGGAGGGGGCAGCAGGGGGGGCGGGCGAGGAGAGCGGGGAGGGAAGGGGGAUUCGAGAGCAGCAGGUGAACGCGCAUGCUGGCGGCAGUGGUGGCGUUAUUGGUGCCAGUGGGGAUGGUGGCGGGAGUGCGUCCACCACGUUGCUUGAGCGCCCGCCCUCCCCCGCUCCCUGGGUCCCUCGCCCCGGCCAAUCGUCCGCGCGCCUCGGGCGCACCAGCAGCUCCAUCUCCUCUGCUGCGCGCCCGCCCUGCGCUGCCGCCCCGGGGGGACGACCUGGGGGGAGCGUGGGCGGGAGCGCAGGCGGAAACGCAGGCGGAAAUACAGGCGGGAGCACAGGCGGAAACGCAGGCGGGAGCACAGGCGGGAGCAUGGGGGGCAUGGGGUCAAACAUGGGGGGGAGCAUGAGCGGCAGUUGGAUCAAUCCAAACAUGCGCGCAGGCACAGCGGCGGCGGGGGGGAGGGUGGUCGCAGGGGCGGGGAGACAGGGUCAACCGGGCAUGGGGGGAGUGCGGCGACCAGCAACAGGAGCCGGCAGCGUAGGCAGCACAGGCAACAUGGGCAGCACGGGCAUGAGGGGCAGCAUAGGCGGGAGGAGUGCGAGCAUGGAGGUGGCGCGCGCGCGGCUGCUGGCGGAGGAUGCGGCACUCACAGACGCCAUCCUCACGGGCGCCCUCAUGCCGCCCCCCUCCUCCUCCUCCUCCUCCUCCUCCUCCCUGCGCUUCCCCCAGCGCGCGCAGCAAGGCAGCACCGCCAGUGCUAGCAGCGGUGGUGGUGGUAUGGUUGGUAGCAGCGUUGGCGGCAGUCACAGCAUCAGCGUGGUGAUUGGGCGGCGCAGCCUGGAGAGCAGCGGCAGUAGCAGCGGCGUGGUGCUGCGGAGGCAGGGCAGUGCGGCGCUCAAACGACAGGCCACCAGCAUUGCAUCAGCAGCUGGCAGCCCCCUCAACAGCACCGCCACCACCACCCCCACGGGCGGCAGCGGCAGAAGCAGCGGCAGCGGCAGCGGCAGGAGCCCAGCGCGGCUGCCUUCAGGGCAGCGAUCGCGCGUGUUCACCCCUGCAGACCUCGCCCGCGCCACCGACAACUUCCACUCGUCCCGCCUGGUGGGGUCGGGCGCCUAUGGCCCCGUGUUCCGCGGCGCUAUUCACGGCUGUGACGUGGCCGUCAAGCGGCUGCGGGCGCGCGAGGGGCGAGCGCGCAGCGAGGGGCGAGAGGCGUUCAAGCGCGAGGUGCAGGUGCUGAGCCGCGUGCGCCACCCCCACGUGGUGCUGCUCAUGGGGUGCUGCCCUCAGGACCUCUCGCUUGUCUAUGAGUUCAUGGCGGGGGGGAGCCUGCAGCACCGCCUGGCAGCACAGCACAAGCGGGGAGCGAAGGAGCAGGAGAAGGCAGCGAGCAGCGGCGGCAAGUCGCCGUCCUUCUCCUCCUCGUCCUCAUCCGGCCAGCUGUCCCCCUUUUCACCCGUGUCUCCUGUCUCCCCCGCCCCCGCCUCCCCCAUCGCCCCGUCGCCCCCCCCACUGCCGUGGCACGACCGGCUGCGGAUUCUGUCUGAAGUGGCCUCGGCGCUGCUGUACCUGCACCGCUGCUCGCCACCCAUCGUGCACCGCGACUUAAAGCCCGACAACAUCCUGCUCGACGCGCACGGCACCAGCAAGAUCGCGGACGUGGGCCUCGCAUGCCUGUUACGGGACGGCAGCACGGUGGUAACCACACACCGCAUGCGCGGCACCGUCGGAUUCAUAGACCCGGAGGCCAUUGCAUGCGGCGAGCUCUCCCCCGCCUCUGAUGUGUAUGCGCUGGGGGUGGUGGCGCUCAUGCUGCUCACCGGUGCUGAUUCCCCCAAGCACGUGCAUCGCCUGCUCGCCCUCUGCCCCACUACCAUCUCCUCCCCGCCUCCCCCCUCCCCCACCACCCCUCACACCACCGCUGGCACCGAUGCUGACAGCGACCCCCCUCUGACGCCCAGGAGUGCCCUGCCAGCAGCAGUGCCCACGCGCGACCUGCCCCAGUCUGUCGCCAUCCUGCAACCGCAUCUUGACAAGCUGGCGGGCGCGUGGCCUGCUGACGUGGCGCAGCGCGUGCUGCGCGUGGCGGUGCGGUGUGUGGAGCGGGAUGCGCGCAUGCGGGCGGACCUGGCGGGGGAGGUGGUGCCGGCGUUCAGUGAGGCGGCUGCUGCUGGCCGGGCUGAUGUCACGCGGCGCAGUGAUGCCCUUGAGAGCACCCUCGUGUGCCCACUCUCCAAGCAACGGAUGCAGGACCCAGUGAUAGCAGCGGACGGGUUCACGUACGAGCGGCGCCACAUGGAGGCGUGGCUGGCGUCGUCCAACCUCUCGCCCUCCACGGGCCAGCCCCUCGCGCACCCCGGGCUCACCCCCAACCACCUCCUGCGCUCCAUCAUCCUGGGAUCCCAGGGCAACCAGACUAACCGCAACUGA